AUGGAUGAAACACCAAGCCUCAAUGAUGAGGUGCCAACGGACUGGAAUUUGUUUGAUAUUGAAAGGCUUUGCCAAAUUCAUUACAUUCUUUCAAGAGAAGAGCUAAUAGCGCUCAUUGAAGCUCAUGUUGUUGAAUUUCUCUUACAACUCAUUCAAGAAAAGAAGACCUUGGAAGAUCUGCUUUUCAAAUACAAGUUCCGAUCUGAAAUCCAAACUGAAGAUCAACCCACAGCUUUAUCUCAAACCAAGCCCAUCAAUGUACUGAAAACUGCUUCUGGAACUUAUUCAUUACGACACGGCACUUCUCCAAAACGAAAAAGCCACUUUAUUUGGUUGUUGAUGAACAACAUUUUUAAGCUGAUACAGCAAGGAAUUAAGAUCACCCAAAGAGAGUUGUUCUAUAUGAAUGUCAUGGCGUUCAAAGAUCAGAAUCAAUGCAAUAGAUACCUAAGUUGUGUUGGAGACAUUUUGAAUGUGGAUCGAUCUGUCCUAAAUAUCAUUUGUAUGAGCAAGGGUUUUUUGUACAGCAACGACGGAAGUGGCAAUGCUCUGGUUUCUUGCCAUCAUCUCACGGCAUCUACGGUGGAACAAAUUCCAGGCGAUUUUCCUACGAUUGACUUCUUUGGUAAAGUUGAUACCAUCUUAAUUGUCGAAAAAGAUGCGAUAUUUAGAAGGCUUGUCGAGGAUAAGAUAUUCAAAUGGGUGCGGAAUAUUUGCAUCAUUACCGGCUGUGGGUAUCCAAGUAUUAUUACACGAUAUAUUUUGCAUCAAAUAUCAUCCAAAUUUCCUCAAGCUCAAAUCUAUGCUCUGUGUGACUUCAACAUUCAUGGAUAUCAAAUAGUAACAACAUUCAAGUAUGGAAGUGUGGAGCUUAGUAAGCAUUCGAUCCAACAAAGCACUACAUUGGGAGAUAGAAUAGAAUGGAUUGGGUUGUUGUAUGAUGAUAUUAAGGAUCUUCCCAGCUUUUACUGCCAGAGUGUCACUGAGCAAGAACUUAAAUUAUUAGACAGACACCAACAUGACGUAAAGAGCAGAGGCGGCAAGAACGCUCUCCAGAUUUAUGCAGAGCUUGAAAAGAUGAAAACAUUGAAAUUUGAAAUCGAGUCUUUGGUCAGCUACAGAGAUAUCAAUUACCUGACAAUGUUUGUAUCAAAGAAAAUUAGUAGAUUCAACAUUAAGAACCAAUCUGUAUCAUUAUAG